GGGAGAGUCGCACCAAAGUGUGAACGACUACAUUUGGUGAAGUCACUGGACAUGCAUCAAUCCGGUGUCAUCGUGUUCGCUACGAAUUCGUUGAUGCAGUCUACGCUGAAGGAGUGUAUAAAUUCGGGUCAAAUGGAACAAGUCAGCAGAUGCAUUGUUCGCGGCGAACUCUCCGAUUCGCCUGUGAAAAUAACGAUACCGCUCAUCAAAACGGUGAAUGGAAGAGAUAUGAAGAUGAUGCCAUUGGUCACCAACAAAGCGAAAGGAGAUAUAUUCUAUGUAGAAUCUGAGUGCCGCACUAUUAGAGGAAAUCAGUAUGUCUCGAGCGUGGAGGCGAUUACACAUAAAGAAGCACCCCAUCAAGUACGUGCUCAUCUUGGGUUAGCUGGUUAUCCUUUGAUUGGGGAUGCGAAGUAUAGCACUUCUUCACCACGACCGCCAAGGUUUGCCGUUUCCCAAGUCUUCUUUGUUAUGACUGGUUGA